AUGUGCUGCCUGGAGCCGUUUCUGAAGAUGUCCCCGGUGUUUCUGCUCCUCCUGGGCCUCGCGCAAGCCUGCAUCCCUCGAGAGGUCGCAAUUGAAGAAAAAAGUCUGAUGAGCAGGCUCUCCCCGGAUGUGCUACACUCCCUGGGCCCCGGGCUCUGGAUGUACCGGCUGCAGCCGCAGACCCUCCAAGCCACCCCCACAGGGCCCCCAGCCAUGACGGCAGCCUCUGUGCCCCUGAACCGCCUGUGGACGGCAGUGCACCUCACCAAGGGCAGCAUGUUCUCAUCCACACGCAAAGCGCCUACUACGGAGCCAAAGCUCAAUCUAAUGCAGCCGUUGCCAGGCACCCCAGGCGGAACCCCGGUAGAAGAGCAGCACCCUCUUAGUGCCCCGCAGAGGUCUCAGACACAUCAGCCCCUCCAAGAUGCUUCCCCUGGCUCCCCCACAAGGGGCUCUUCCUCCUCGUGGCCCACCUCUCGUGGACUCAACACUGUCCUGUGCCCCUGGACCACGCUGGCUUCUGGACCGAGGACAGAGAUUCUGGGCUUGCUGAGUCUUCAGGUGCUGAACGAAGAAACCAGUGACUGUAAGGAGGAAGUCAAGCCUGUCCUGGUCACCAGCCUUCCCAAGAAGCUCCACGUGAAGAGGACCAACUGGAACUUGCUCAGGUGCGCCUACAUGAUGCUGACCUUCCUCUUCGUGUCCUACAACAGAGGAGACUGGUGCUACUGCCACUACUGUAACCCGGAAGUGGACAACAGGAACGACCCCCGCUGUGCUUUCUAGUGCGCGUCCUUCUGCCCAACUCAACCUUCAGGGUCCUCCAACUCCCAGAGAAUCCUCUGUCCCCUGGACGGCCAGCGAGGAGGGUGGCAGCAGCUCUAUCUGCCUCUUUGAGGCCGCGUUAGAGGAUGGGCCCAGAGUAGCCGAGUGAACCUCUUGGGGGGUCUCCAGACGUUGUCGACCCCCCCCCCAUUAA